CAUGAGUGUAGAAGAUGGGGGUGUGCCAGGCCGAGCCGGUCCUAGACAGGCUCGCUGGACGCUGAUGCUGUUCCUGUCCACUGCCGUGUAUGGUGCCCAUGCACCGUUCUUAGCGCUGUGCCACGUGGACGGCCAGCUGCCCUUCCGGCCCUCCUCCGCUGUGUUACUCACUGAGCUGACCAAGCUGCUGUUGUGUGCCUUCUCCCUCCUGCUGGGCUGGCAGACAUGGCCCCGGGGCACAGCACCCUGGCGCCAGGCAGCACCUUUUGCACUAUCGGCCCUGCUCUACGGCGCCAACAACAACCUGGUGAUCUACCUGCAGCGCCACAUGGACCCCAGCACCUACCAGGUGCUCAGCAACGCCAAGAUUGGUAGCACGGCACUGUUGUACUGCCUCUGCCUUGGGCGUCGCCUCUCUGCACGCCAGGGGCUGGCACUGCUGCUGCUGAUGGCUGCAGGAGCCUGCUAUGCGUCACGUGGCUCUCGGGAACCUGCGGUGGACCUUGCCAGGGCCCAUGCCAUGCCCUUGCACGUCACUCCACUGGGACUUGUGCUCCUCGCCGUGUACUGUCUCGUCUCUGGCUUGUCAUCCGUGUACACAGAGCUGAUCAUGAAGCGACAGCGGCUGCCCUUGGCUCUCCAGAACCUCUUCCUCUACACUUUUGGGGUGAUCCUGAACCUCGGGCUGUAUGCUGGCAGUGGCCCAGGCCCGGGCUUCCUGGAGGGUUUCUCUGGAUGGGCAGUGCUUGUGGUGCUGACGCAGGCGGUGAGCGGACUGCUCAUGUCCGCUGUCAUGAAGCAUGGCAGCAGCAUCACGCGCCUCUUCGUCGUGUCCUGCUCCUUGCUGGUCAAUGCUGUGCUUUCAGCAGUGCUGCUGCAACUCCAGCUCACAGCCGUCUUCUUCCUGGCCACACUACUCAUUGGCCUGGCUGUGUGCUUGUACUAUGGUAGCCCCUAAGGCCCGGCCACCCCACACCCCACUCCAGCAGCCCUGUGACAAGUGCCUUGUAAGAAAAGCUAAGGGGGUCCCAUCAGCCUCUGGAAGUUCAGGUGGGUGAGCGUUACCCCUAGGAGGCAUAAAGAGUAGGCUUGGCUAAGGAAACGCCUGGCUGUAUCCCUAUAUUCCUUCACACUGAAAACUGAGAGCCCCAAACCCAGGCUUAGGCAGCCUGUCCUUGAGGAACCCUGCCUUGUCCUGCAUGAGCAUGGCCACUUCAGGUGAGGUUUUGCUCUUGCCUGCAGUGGUCACUCCUAAAGGCCCCUUGCCCUGAAGCUUCAUGUUGUUCCUCUCACCCAGCGGCUUUAGGUCAGAGGGGGCUGGGGCUUGACUCAUCUCAGGGAACACUGACUGCCCCUGGACCCUGGCUUACGCCUACACUCCUGACCCCUGUGCUAACUCAAGGGCCCUGUUGUAGCCCAGUUUACCUCUAAGGCACUUAGGAGGUGCUGUUUUUCCCACACUUGUCCUCUCUUAGUGGUGUCCCAGCUCCCAGCAGCCUGGGAAGGCUCUGCAGAGGAACCAGGGACCAGGUACAGAAAACAUUUAUAGAUAAUCAGUGUCUAACUACUUAAGCAAUAAGGUCUUAAUAAAGUGUUCAGGGUGUAGGGUGCUUCCAACAACCAUUCACAA